CACUGCGAGAGCGCUGAGUUUGACAAGAGUAUAACAAUCGUAGAACUUCACACAAGUUUGUCCGUUACAACUUAAACAGUGUUUUUAAAAACAGAUAGUAGCUUUUUUUCACUUUGAGGAACCCAAGCUGUCACUUUCAGGCAAUCAUGGAGCGCCCCAAACAGAAACAAAUGAAUCAAAGUGAAAAUGAAACGGAUUCCGCGAUUAAUGGACACUUUGACGGCCGGGUGAAGAUGCCCGGAUGGAGCGCCGGUGGUGCCGCCGGGGAUCCGAGCACCGUGCCGUCCUCCAGCGUGAUGGAGAGCUGGCGGGAAGAGCGCACUCGCAGUCUGGAAGACAACGAAAUGAGCCUGCCGAGCAUCGCCGCGGCUUAUACCACUAUUCUCAGGGGUCUCGGGGAAGAUCCGCAGCGGCAGGGGCUCCUCAAAACUCCGUGGAGAGCCGCAACCGCCAUGCAGUUCUUCACCAAGGGUUAUCAGGAAAAAAUCAUUGAUGUCCUGAAUGACGCAAUCUUUGAUGAAGACCAUGAUGAGAUGGUGAUCGUGAAGGAUAUUGACAUGUUUUCAAUGUGUGAACACCAUUUAGUCCCCAUUUUUGGCCGGGUGCAUAUAGGUUACCUUCCAAACAAGAGGGUUCUUGGUCUGAGUAAAUUAGCACGGAUUGUUGAGAUAUACAGCAGGAGAUUGCAAGUUCAAGAGCGUCUAACUAAACAGAUUGCGGUCGCCAUCACUGAAGCUCUACAGCCUGCUGGUGUCGGAGUGGUUGUUGAAGCCACUCACAUGUGUAUGGUUAUGCGAGGCGUCCAGAAGAUGAACAGCAAGACUGUGACCAGCACCAUGCUGGGCGUUUUCCGCGAGGACCCCAAGACACGAGACGAGUUCCUGACCCUGAUCCGGAGCUGAGAGGGUCCGUGUUUCGCUCUCCACUGCCAAAACACUCUGACCAGCCCUCUUCUCAAACGCCUCCCUGGAUCGAAGGAGUCCUCUCUGAUUCUGCCUCCGGACGAGGCCCUGCUGCUGUGUAACGUAGCGUCCCACCCGCCUCUGGGGUGGUUACCUCGGUAACACCAUCUCUUCUGUAUUGCGUGUGUGUGUGUGUAUUUCAUUGAUUGAGGUUUUGUGCGUGUUUAGUAAGUAGAGCUGUGGGAGCCUCUGUUGAUGGGACUGUGGCUGUUGCUGUUAUAUGGAAGCAUUGUGUUAUGAAGGACGUCCUAGAUUAGCACAAUUUAACCUCUCUAAACUAACAAGCACCAAACCCACCAAAAUUUGUUUACAUCUCUUUCCGCUCUAUUAAACGCAAUUGAGUUGCCCGAGAAACGCAACAAAGCAGUUUUAUUUUCACACUUUUGAACAGGGAGGUACGUGUCAUUCUGAAUACUCAAUUUUACUGUUAUAAAAAGUACUGUUGAGGUACAGUAAUGGUAAUGAAAAUCACCAUGGUACUAAAUGAUUACCAAUAUUCAUAUUUCUUGAUAUUUAUAAGGUACUUUAAAGAUUAAUAUGGUAUUAUAAUGGUACAUGUCCAAAAAAUAAAAAAUAAAACCCAUAGUAUUACAAUAGCGCCACUUUUUAUCAGUGAAUAAUCCCAGACAGGUUUAAUUGUUGUUUUACUAUGUGCUGUAAGUGUAUUAUGGCUACGCUGUCUUAUAAUGUAAUAUUUAAUAUAAUGUGUCCUGUGCUUCAGUCAAUAUUUGUGCCCAGACCCAAAGUAUCUUCUGUUUUUAAAGGGAUAGUUCACCCAAAAAUAAAACUUCUAUACUCUUUUACUCACCCUCAUUUUCUCUUAACCCGGUAAAGCCUGAUGUAUGAAAUCAUCUUUUUUUGAAAUGGAACAGUUUGUUAGACAAAAUCUAAAAAAUAGUUUGCACAUGUUGAGGAUCAUAUUUGAUAUAUUAGGCUUUAAUGGCUCGUAUACAAUAGUGUGAUAUAUGGAACUCACACUCGAGGAGGAAGAAAAACCCCACCUAAAAUGAGCAAAAGUUUGCAAUUUGGUGUGGUUUCAGAUUUUUAUACGGCCAAAAAGUAAGAUAAGAUGGGUUAGUACACCCAAUAAUGAAACAUCUGUCAUCAAUUAAUACACCCUCAUGUCGUUUCAAACCUGUAAGACUUUCGUUCACCUUUAUCUCCUCUAUGAACAGUCCACGCAACUGCCAUUUUGACGCUUCAAAAAGUUCAUAAAGAGAAUGUAAAAUUAAUCCAUGAAUUGAGUGGUUUAGUCCAAUUUUUCUGAAGAGACUCAAUCGCUUUAUGUGAUGAACAGAUUGAAUUUAGGCUUUUAUUCACAUAUAAAGAUUCAGCAGCGCACACAAUUGUUAUGGUAAACGGAAGCUCAAGCACGCUUGCUUGAUGUGUGAGAACCAAUGAGGUUCAUUCUCGCGUUUGAGCUUCUGCAAAAACCAAUGAGGUUUGUUCUCGCAUCAAGCAUGUACGGUUGAGCUUCUGUUUAUGUUCGCUGAUGAAUAUUUAUAUGUGAAUAAAAGCCUAAAUUAAAUCUGUUCAUCAUAUAAAGCGAUUACGUCUCUUCAGAAAAUUCUGACUAAAGCGCUCGAUAUAUAUGGAUUAGUUAUAUGAUCUCUUCAUGUAUUUUUUAAAGCUUCAAAGUGGUAGUUGUUAGACUGUCAAAGGAGGGACAGAAAUCUCUCAGACUUCAUUAAAAAUAUCAUCAUUUGUGUUAUGAAGAUGAACGAAAGUCUUACGGGUUUGGAAUGACAUGAGGGUGAGUAAUUAAUGACAGAAUUUUAAUUUCUGGGUCCUUCCUCAAAAGCCUGAUGUAUCAUAUUUGAUAUUUACAAAUUAACAUGAUUUUUCUAACAAAUUAUGAAUAAUCAAGUAAACCAAAAUGUUGCUUCAGUUCAGUGUGUUCUUUCUGAAAUAUUACUAAAAAUAUAAAAAGCACAGCGAAAAGAAGUGAAUCAUGACCUGAAGGUGAACAGUUUUAGAAUUAUACUAAAAUGCCUUUUACUUGCUAAAAAGUACAAACUAUUAACCAGAGUAGAUUGUGUACCACAUGUAUUAGAGAUAGAGGCCUUAGAAAUUUGUGUAUCAAAUAUGUUAAAUUAUAGGCUUGAUAGGGUUACAGAUAUUUCAAACAACAUUGGAUCCCAUCGGCUUGUAAGGACAAAAGCAAACAUUUGUAAAAAUAUCUGCAAUUCUGCAGAAGAAAGUCAAAUGGGUUUAAAAUAUAGACUGUAAAAAAAGAUGGACGACGCACCUUCACUACUCUCUUCCAUUGUAGUAAGUGAAUGUCAGCUCCAAUAUGGCACUGACAUCUUGAGUCUCGAGUCUGCGCAUAGUGAACGUGGAGCCCGAGUCUGUGCAGUACUGAACGCAAAGUGGAGCCUCGAUAUCAAGGUCCCGUCCGAACUCCCGCAGAAUUGGUUAAUACUGCAGAACAACUCAUGACGGUGUGAAAAUAACAGUUCUGGAAAUGUAGAAAUUAAAGUUAAAGCUCCAAUCUCCUCCUGAAGAUCCAGGAAAAAAGUCCUUGCUUCAGUGACUACUUUGCUCAGAGAAUCUGUCAAUCUCAGCUGUCAAUCAUGACGUCAAAACCCACGUUAUUAUAGCAUCAAAUAACUAAAAACAACUUAUUUAAAGAACAAACACUUUAACUAACAUUAGUGUUAUUAAAAAACUGCCUAAAAUGACAAUUGAGAAGAAAAAAAAACAUAUUUGAUGUGUAAUUUGACUGUUUAGUUCGUCUCACGUCCCAUUACAUUACAUGUAGAGGGCGGGGUUUAUGACCUAUACUGCAUCCAGCCACCUGGGGGCGAUCGAGACGCUUGGCUUCACUUUUCCGGACUCGUGUGGCAUGCUUGGUUUAAAACAACAUUAAAUGAUGACAGAAUUUUCAUUUUUGGGGUGAACUAUCUCUAUAAGUGUUUAUUAUUGAUAGUAUUUACAAGCUCUGUGCAGCACUAUUAUUUUCUGUUUUUCGAAUCAACUGUUGAGUCUGUUGUGUUGGAUAUUACGUGUUGAAGUGAUAACCAGGUCCAGCCUUUUGAAUAUCCUGUCUGUAUGGCCAUAGAUGUUGUUUACACUCUGAAGGAAGGUUGUUUUUUAUUUGUUGGGGGAAAAAAAAAGACCAAAGGUUGAAAGGUGCAGUCGAGGUCAACAUAGUAUCUGAUUUUGCACAUUGUGGGAUUCAUGGAGAAUACAGAACAUACCUGUACUGAUAAAUGUGAUCUUUGUAAUUUAAAAUAUGAUAAAAAGAUGGAAACCAACUAAAAGAUAUUUUAAGAUUCUACAUUUGUAGAACAUAUUUUGUACAUUUACUCUGACGCAUGUUUACCUGUCCUUGGGUAUGUAUAAUGUGUUUUGAACGAGUUAGAAUUUCAACUAUAUACUACGUAACAUUGUAGAAAAUUAUAUUAACCUCAAAAAACGACAGACGCUGUGGAUUUACUGACACUGUUGUAUUGCCUGUGUAUUGACUUUUUUUGUUUAUUAUGAAAAUGUCUCAGUGAUGUUUUUCAUUCAUGAGUUCGGAUGAAAUUCGGAGUUGUGAAGCUUCUGAAGAUGCUAUGAGAUGUUCAAUGUCACAAUCACUUCA